AUGCCUUUGAAUUUGGGCAACGAUGUCGAUGGAUCGUCCCGGAUUAUUUUGACUGAGCCUCGCGGAUCAACUGCAGAGGUGCUUCUUUUUGGAGGGCAAGUAAUUUCUUGGAAAAAUGAAAGGAGGGAAGAACUGCUUUUUAUGAGCAGCAAGGCUCAGUAUAAGCCACCCAAGACGAUCAGAGGAGGAAUACCUGUUUGCUUUCCACAGUUUGGGAACUUUGGUGGACUUGAGCGACAUGGAUUUGCCCGGAAUAGAUUUUGGUCACAUGAUGACGAUCCUUCGCCUCUGCCUCCUGCGAACAAGCUAUCAUCAGUUGAUCUGAUCUUGAAGUCCACAGAAGACGACCUGAAGAUCUGGCCUCACAGCUUCGAGCUCCGUGUUCGCAUCUCUAUCAGCCUUGGGAAACUUACUAUAAUCCCUCGUGUGAGGAACAUUGACCCAAAGGCAUUCUCUUUUAUGUUUGCACUUCGAAACUACUUAUACGUAUCUGACAUAAGUGAAGUACGGGUUGAAGGUCUGGAGACACUUGAUUACCUAGACAACUUGAUGGGUAAAGAAAGAUUCACCGAGCAAGCAGACGCAAUUACCUUUGACGGUGAGAUCGAUAGAGUGUACUUGAACACGCCAACAAAGAUUGCUGUGAUAGAUCAUGAGCGAAAGAGAACCAUCGAGUUGCGAAAGGAAGGCAUGCCGAAUGCAGUUGUGUGGAACCCCUGGGACAAAAAGGCAAAGAGCAUAGCUGAUAUGGGGGAUGAAGAUUACACGACGAUGCUCUGCGUAGACUCGGGAGCUAUCGAACCUCCGGUGUUGUUAAAGCCUUGCGAAGAGUGGACAGGCAGGCAAGAGCUCUCUAUCGUCUCAUCGAGUUACUGCAGCGGACAGCUUGACCCACUUAGGGUUCUUUACGGAGAUCACUGA